ACCCUCACCCACCAAGCAAGAUCAUGCAAGGUCGGAUGUCUACCAUUCCUCAAGUCCAUUUGCCAUCCAGCUUCAACCUUUUGCUCCCCCGAGCUCAAUCUGGCGGUGUAACAUCAACAUCUGUCUGGUCGAUGUCUAGAGAAGGAUGGGGUUGUGCAAGGGUGGCUGAAAGGGCAAUUUGAAUGUGAUUGUUGCUGUAUUGGAUCUGAUAGAGUUGGGAUUAUCUCCAGUAAGAUUUGGGAUAUCCGAUCAAUGCUGCAAUCGACCCUAGGAAGGGGAAGAAAAGAAAAAAAGGAAUGAAAUAAAGGUCGUAGUAAAGAAAAAGAAAAGAAAAACAAUGAGAGUAAAUCGUAAGGGGCAAGAAAAAAAAAAGGAAAAAAAAAAAACAGAAAAAAGGUCCCAGUCUUGUUUUGUCCACUGUUCCUUUUCCCUCUUCCUCUUCUUCAUCCUCCUCUUCCACCUCCACUGCAGUCAGUCCAUCAUGCAUGACAUAUCAGGCUACUCCUCGAUCCCUCUCGAUUCCAGAUUCCAGCGGAAUUGACACAUCCCA